AUGUCACGUCCCGAACUUUUACCACCGAUUAUCUACGAACAUGUUUGCUGCUUAGUGGUCCUCCUUCUUGUUUUCAUUUUUUGCAUUCUUAUCGGUGUUGUUUACCGCUAUUAUUUCUUACAGGACCACACGAAAGUUGAUUAUUACGCGUUAGCUUUAGUUAAAAACGAUAGUUUGAAUAAGGAAACUCUCGACUCUAUUUCAACCGACACUGCCUCAAAAGCUGUGGUAUCGUAUGCGAAUUCAACUGUGGGAUUGGUUAUUUUGGCUAUUGCGCUUUUCACAUUUCUUCUCUAUUUUUUGAACGAAAAAUUUGAAGUCUUCAAAUCUUUGGUCAAAGAGAUGAAAGAGGUCAAGCCUGAUGUUGAGUCUUUGGAUAGAAAGGUGGAUGAGAAUAACAGGAACAAUGCGAUUAAAUUGGAUAGAAUUGUAUGUUUUAUAAAUUUUUGGGGAACGCUGAAAUAUUUAACUAUUUAA